UGCACACAGCCGCGGCGGGGCCGCCCAGGAAAGAGCGAGGGGGAGGAGGGAGACGAGCGGCCGCCGAGGGGAGGCCGCGCCGCGCCCGCGCUUCACCCAUGUCUCAGGAAGGAGCCGCCAAGCUGCGCCUCAAGCCCAGGAAGGCGCCGCCAGACCGCCGCCGGGAGCCCAGCCCUGGCCAGGACCCCCCCGGGCGGCGCCAGACAUUGGCUGAUAGAUGGUCCCAAUUUGAAAAAGAUGACUUAAGUGAAUGUGAAAAAACAUGGAUUUCAUUACUGAAAGCUGUCAAUCAAGAUUUAAAAUGCACAAAUUGGCAAACAGUGCCCAGUUUUCCGGAGUUCUUUGGGAAGAGUUCUGAGGAACAGCAUCGACAGCAUUCAGUCUUUAAAAUUGGAAUGAAAGACUUUCAAUGGAUAUCAUUCCCAUCUUUUCACAAAGAAAAACAUCUAAAACCAAAGGAUCUUAGCCUGUCUCAGCUAACAGAAAGCCAAACUGACCAUUUACUAAAAGAAUAUAGCCAAGUGGAUGAACCAAAAAGUUUAUUUUCUACAGCUGAGAAAACAUGCUGUGUAACUAUUAAAGAUCAAUCUAGAAAUGUGGCUGGGAAGAACUCGAAAGGUAUUUCAAAACUGGGUGUAAAUCCUGAAUCAUCUAAACUCACUCAGCAUAAAUAUUCUACAUACCACUUAGCCACGUUGCAAAGCUCUGCAGAAACUCUUGGCUUUCAACAGUACUGCAGAGAAACUAUACAGAACAGCAAGGAAAACAGAAAAGAAAAUAACAGCAGUGUAUCCCAGUUACAAACAUAUCGAAGCAACGUUUCAUCUGGUGAGGCCAGAUCUAUGCCUGCAGAGAGGAGCUCUCUUCCUGUCAGCAUGCCUGGAACUGAAAGUUGCAAGGAAAAGACUGAAGAUCGGAGUGAAGGGACUUUAACUCUUGACAGUUGUCCAAUGUGUCUGAUUCAAUUUAGUGGAACACUGUCACAAUUGGAUAUUGAUGGUCAUCUCGCUAGAUGCUUGUCUGAAAGCACAGAUGAUGUAAUGUGGUAAAUCCAGAGGAACGAAGAGCAAAGUCACAAGGCCCAGGAUGAACCUUUCUCAAAGGAAAAGGAAAAGUGCAUCAAGGAAAUAUGUCCUUGUCUCAAACUUGCUUAAGGACUGCAAACCAAACCAAUGGCUUCCAGAAAGAAGAGUGAAAUACCAUCUGCCUGCAGUUCAUGAUCCUUUUAUUACAAAUCCUUUCAAAUAUACACAAUAGUUCUAGUUCUUAAGAUGGAUGUCCCAGAGACCCCCACAGAAAUCACUUAGCAUUUCUGGAAUCUGGGUACCGCAGAAGAAUGCACUGUUGAAGAAUCUAUUUUGUCUCAUGCACCUUAGCUGUUCUGAAUCUAAAACUGUAGAAAGAAAGCAAUUUAACAAAAGACAACUAUUAAUUAAUCUAAACCAAAAGUUUACUCAUAUUUUUAUUCUCAACAGGUCAUUUGAGAAAAAUAAUUAAACACGCUCACUCUAGCCUUGUAUUUUUGAUGAGUUUAAUAUCGAAAUAAAACUUUGUAGUCUUUCAGUCUCUGAAUGCACCUAUGUUAAAGAAAACAGCCCAGACCAAAUAAAGGUGCCUUUUUCUUUUUUUUUGAAGCAGCAUAGCUAUAUUAGUAUCUUACUUUGUAAGUAUUUAGUCAAUGUCCACUCCAUUGAUAUGCCUAAAGUAACUAGGCUCCAGAAAGCAACAUGUAUUAAGAACACUUCCUGCCAGUUGCAGAAAUGCAACUUUAGAUUUUAUAUAGUCAGUCAGCCAAAACAGGGUUUUUCCUUGUCCCUGCUCAAGUGGGAAGAACUGCUUAUGCUUUUCCCUUACUAACCAUCAGUGUUUCAGGGAAAAACAAAACCAAACAAAAAAACUUAAGGUCUGUCUCAUCUAGAUAUCUGAAGACUCAUCUACAGUUUCCAUAAUGUCCUAAUAGCAGCUGGUAAGCAUUUUGUAGGCUUGAGAAAAGUAGCCUUCCCCAUCAUGGGCAAUAAGUGAUAUUUAGUGAUAGUUAGUAACAACAAAUGGAAAGGAGGGAAGAAAAAAAACCCAAGUAGGUUGUGCACUUGCCCCAAGUGUUUACUUGCCCAGCUUACUGAACAAGCUAGCUUAUUCAUGCAAUACAUCAAGUCUCAAGUCACAAGCUUAAAGUUCAAAUUAAUUUCUUUUCACAAAGCACUAUAUGCAAGAAUGGCACAGCUGUGCAUCUUUCAGCUCUUUUUUAUAAUUGUUUUCCUACAAAAUGAAGAAAAGUGUAACUAAAUAGAUUAAAUUUCAGUAUUUGAAUUGUUUUCUAGCAUAAUAAACUUUCGUCCUCUACCUCAAAAACAUACGGUUCAGAUGUGAUCUAAAAACACAGAAUAAACAUUGAAUACAGUAUCAAAAUAA